AUGCUCCAGGUGCCCGUGCGGGAACAUACCAACGUGGCCUCCACCAAAGCCGUGAUCUUGGUGGGUGGUCCGUCAAGAGGAACUCGUUUCCGGCCUCUGUCUCUUGAUGUUCCAAAGCCUCUAUUCGAAGUCGCUGGUCAUCCGAUUAUCCACCACUGCCUCAAGGCUCUCGCAAAGGUCCCCGAGCUUCAUGAAGUUAUCCUUAUUGGCUACUACGAUGAGAGCGUUUUCCGCGACUUCAUCAAAGACUCCUUCAAAGAAUUCCCCCAAUUUCGGAUUUCAUACCUUCGAGAAUACACAGCGCUAGGAACUGCCGGAGGUCUGUACCAUUUCCGCGACGCCAUCUUAAAGGGGAAGCCGGAGCGCAUCUUUGUGCUCAAUGCCGAUGUCUGCUGCUCGUUCCCGCUUGGUGAAAUGCUGAGGCUAUUCGAGGAGAAGGAUGCUGAAGCAGUCAUUCUGGGAACACGGGUCCACAACGACGCAGCUUCAAACUUUGGGUGCAUUGUGUCAGACUCCCACACGAAGCGUGUCCUCCACUAUGUCGAGAAGCCAGAAUCGCAUAUCUCCAACCUCAUCAACUGUGGGGUUUAUCUCUUUGCAACGGAAUGUAUCUUCCCAUCCAUCCGCAGCACCAUCAAGCGACGAACGGCUCGCCCACGUCUACUGUCAUACCCUUCUUCCGACAAUUUGGAGUCGUCCUUUGUUGGCGAGGAUGAUUCAGACCAGACCGAGGUCUUGCGUUUGGAGCAAGAUAUCCUCUCCGACCUUGCUGACAGUAACCGUUUCUUUGUUCACGAGACCAAGGAUUUCUGGCGUCAGAUAAAAACAGCUGGAUCUGCUGUUCCGGCCAAUGCUCUCUACCUCCAAAAAGCAUUCCAAGCGCAAUCCGAGGAGCUCACCGCUCCUUCCGCCACCAUUGUUCCUCCCGUCUAUAUCCAUCCCUCCGCAAGUGUAGACCCAACAGCGAAACUGGGUCCUAAUGUGUCGAUUGGUCCUCGUGUCACUGUCGGUUCAGGUGUUCGUAUAAAGGACUCAAUUGUUCUCGAGGAUGCAGAGGUCAAGCACGAUGCAUGUGUUAUGCAUGCAAUCAUUGGGUGGAGCGGGCGAGUCGGGGCCUGGGCCCGUGUGGAGGGAACCCCGAUUCCGAACGGAAGCCACUCUACCAGCAUCAUCAAGAACGGCGUCAAGGUGCAGAGCAUCACCAUUCUCGGGAAGGAGUGCGGUGUCGGUGACGAGGUCCGAGUUCAAAACUGUGUUUGUUUGCCGUAUAAGGAACUCAAGCGCGACGUUGCCAACGAGGUUAUCAUGUAG